UAAGUGAGGACGCGUGCUUGAAUUUGAAUUCAGGCAAGAGUUAAGAUCUUGUUAAGAUAUUAGUCAACUAAGUUACUACAGUACAACAGAGGCAGCGAGCAGUAUUGUAACACUGUAUAUCUUAUUUUGUGGUGAAGUAGUCUGUAGAGUUCAUAUGUGUGAAACAUAUUAGCUAGUUUGCCGCAACAUUUAAAUCGCUGCUCAGAGUUCUUAGCUAACUUAAAGGCAUCGCUAUUAGAGGAGAGACACUGCACUUGCAAUGAAAGCAGGCGUAGUCCACUGCCAUUGUUCAAAAUGCUACUCAGUUCCAUCACGGAAGCGGGUCCGUAAGCGAACUCCAGCCCUAACCUUGCUGUCUCUACCUGAGGAGGUCCUCCUUUGUGUGCUCCAGUGCCUCUCUGCUGAGGACCUGUUGUCUGUCAGAGCAGUCCACUCCCAGCUGCGGGACAUUGUUGACAACCACUCCAGUGUAUGGGCCAGGGUCAGUUUCAGAGAUACUUGGCCAUCCCCCAAUACCUUAUGGCUAUUUGAAAGAGCUGCUGAGAAGGGGAAUUUUGAAGCUGCUGUGAAGCUAGGGAUUGCGUAUUUGUACAAUGAAGGACCGUUGUUGAGUGAUGAGGGGCGAGCGGAUGUAUGUGGUCGCAAGGCCUCCCACUUCUUUAGCCUGGCAGAGAGCCUGCGCUCUCCUGCGGCGUAUCCCUUCAUCUGGGUGUUCAUCCGUCCACCAUGGUCGCCCACCGGCAGUUGCUGCAAGGCUGUGGUGUUCGACCGCCUCAAGGCUGAGUGUGACAACAAUGUGGAGAAGAGAGGGCCCUUGUUGCACUGUUUGGCCAGAGUUUUGCAGCUGUUUGAAGAGAAUGAAAGACGCCAGGAUGCCAUAUCUAUGCUGGAGGAGUCGUCACAGGCUGGCUGUCUACAGAGCUCCUACCUGUUGUGGGAGCACAACAGGAAAGCAGCUAUGGCAGAUCCAGGCAGGUACCUCCAGUGUGUCCGAACGCUGAGGGACUAUGCUGGUAAAGGAUGCUGGGAGGCACAGCUCUCCCUGGCCAAAGUGUGCAGCAGUGGGAAUCCUCUGGGUUUGGAGUCAAAGGCCUGCUCUGACUUGGUGGCUCAGCUCUUCAGCUCCUCUAACCCACCAUCACAACACUGCACUCAGGGUAUCCUCAGACGGGGCAUCAAGGACACCAUGAGGUAUAUCUUGGUGGACUGGCUUGUGGAGGUGACCACCAUGAAGGAUUUCUCCAGCCUGACGCUGCAUGUAACAGUGGGUUGUGUAGAUCGCUACCUGGCUCUGCGCUCUGUCCCCAAAGCUCGCCUCCAGUUAUUGGGAAUCGCCUGCAUGGUAGUUUGUACACGCUAUAUCAGUAAAGAAAUCCUGACCAUACGUGAAGCUGUCUGGCUCACAGACAACACCUACAAAUAUGAGGACCUGGUUCGAAUGAUGGGAGAGGUUGUCUCUGUGCUGGAGGGAAAGAUCAGGAGUCCAACCCUGCUGGACUACGGGGAGGUGCUGCUGUCUCUGCUCCCUCUGGAGAGGCGGACCACUCACCUGUUCAGCUACAUCUGUGAGCUAUCGCUGCUCUACUCUGCUCUCUCCACGCCACCACCUGCCAAACUGGCCUGCGCUGCACUGCUACUUACGCGAGCACUACAUCACUAUGCUCCCCUCUGGCCCAGCCAGUUAGUUGACUACACCGGCUUCUCCAAGCAAGACCUCGUCUCCCUUUCUGUGCUGCUCUAUGUCAAGUGUUUCAGUCAAGAUGUUCCCAAAGAUUACAGGCAUGUGUCUCUUACUGGCGUCAAGCAACGGUUUGAAGAUGAGGCCUACCAGUACAUCAGCAAAGAAAAGGUGAUGGACUUUAAAGAGCUGUGUCAGAUCUUGGAGAUUCCUGAGGUGGAGCCUCAGAUGGAGCCUCCCAGUCCAACUGGUCAGCCAGCAGACAUCCACACCUUCCUUGCUUCUCCAUCCAGCACCAACAAGCGGAGACGCGAUGACGCCAUCCAGGCCCACAGAGCCAGCUUUGUGGCCACGCCCACGGCAGAGCUGUCUAAUCAGGAGGAGACGCUGCUGGGCGACAUCCUGGACUGGAGCCUAGACACUUCCUGUUCCGGUUAUGAGGGCGACCAGGAGGAGGAGAGCGAGGGAGAGAAAGAUGGUGAUUCUUCUAUGAUGUCCAUCAAACUGCACCUGCUGACUGAUGAAGACAAAAGACUAGAGCACUGCAGAGCCCUGUCCAGCGAUGAGGACAGCUUCUGUGAAGCUGAAAGAGAGGGGGAAGGCCAGGAACCGCUUUCCUUCUCUACAGACCUUCACAGUUCAGGAUACUCCUCCGUCCAAAGUGCCAGCCCCUCAUCCACAUGCUCCUCCUCCCUCAUGCCUUGCACAUUCAAGACAAUUACCACUUCCCUGAGAGCAGCCUCCGCCAAUGCCCAGCCAGGCUUCCGUCUUUUGGUGCCCAUGCAGAGGCCCCGGGGCACCUCCAGCAGACAAGUGAAAAGGAAAAACUCGGCAGCUCAUAGUGGAGGUGAGGUGGGAAGAGAAGAGGAGGAAGGCGGAGGAGACAAUGCAGGGUUUCUGAGCCUAUAGACGGGGGUUGUUCGACCAACCUGCUCAGUUAUUGUCCUCCAGCAAUUUGCUCUUGGUGCUGUUCCCCACUCCUGUCAGUCUGCACUGAUCCAUCAAUUGCCAAAAGAUCAAGAGACUUUGAGCUUGAGGAGAGUAAAGAAAAACAUAUAUAAAAAUGAGUUGCCUAAAAACUUGCCUUUCUUAUUACAUUACAUUUCAUUUACAUGUUUACAGGCAUGCCGCAAUAAAAUACCUCCCCUAAAACCAAUAACUCGCUGUCAGCUCUGAAACCACUGGAACAUCACUUUCCUCAGGACCCUGGUACCAUUUCUGUUUUUACAGCCUUCUACAACAACCUCUCUCAGAUCACGUUAGAUAGUUGUAAACCUCAUGAACUUGUUUUGGAAGGGGGGAAAAGUGUUCAUUGUUAAGAUCAUAUUGUGGGGAAAAACUUUAAACAUAGCUGUGUUUUUAUUGUCUUGGUUAUCAUAGUUUCUGAUAUGCACUGAGUCUACAAGAAUCUCUUGUAUUUGGUGAAUGUCAUCAAUAGGUGACGGUCAUCUAGUUGAUGAAAAGGUCUGCAUCUGAAGCCUGAAAAAAUAUGAUUGUAUGAAUUCCUCAUUCAGUUUUGUCCUUUAGUUCUCUGAAUGUUUGCCAAAGGUACUGUGGCGAUGACAUUUGUGUUUUCAGGGGCAUCUACUUAAAUAGAAACAGCUGUGAAAUUUUAUUAGUCUAUAUCUUCUCAUCUUGUACGUAUCCACCAGUUGUGCUUAUCAAUAUUACUUCAAACACCUAUAGCACACCAAUCCCCUCCAGGAACUGUUGAGAUAUUGACACUGUUCAAUAAGGUGUGUUGAUACUGACCAAGAACCACCAUCUGGAUGAGUAUGGUACAAACCUCAGCUUAUCAUCCAGAUGUGUAGUGCUCAAAUAUAACGAGGCAAUCGAUGCGCCAUGAAACUCGUAACAUCCUGAUAGGUUGUACUUUACUCACUUUCCUUCCCACCUGAAUUAGGUCUAGCACUUUCAUGAUCACAGAAGGAACACCGUUCAUUGCAAUGUGUCCAUAUUCAUGCUUGAACAAUCAAUACUAAAGUAUUUUUGAAUGGAUCUGUGUUGCCUCCUUAGAGCGAUAGGGAAGUUUAGACACUAAAGGAAAAAUAUUACUUGAUGGGGUUUUGGAAGUACUGUAUGUAUGCCUCAUAGGACACUGAGUACACAAUGUCUAAAUGAUUGUGACUGACUGUAAAUACAUUUUAAACUGUUACGCCAGACUGGUUAUCUCCUGUGUGUUAUAAAUGUACAUAGUACUAUAUGUAUAAAUGGAGAAAAACAAAGAACAUGCCACUAUUUUAAAUUGUUUUUGCUUCAUUCCAAAACGGCAGUUUUCUUUGUGAAACUUUUUUUUCUACAGUACAGUGUUUUCUCAAUAGACCUGGGAUGUCAUUAUGUUAUUAUGUAGUUCAACUAAAACAAGCCAUCAUGCAAGUUUUCUUUCGAGGAUUUUUCAUGUACACAGUUUAAUUGAUAUUCGCUCAAAGGUUUUGUUCCCUGAUUUCUUGAAUCGAUGGGCUUAUUACAGAGUGCUGUAUUGUUCUUAAGCUGUUUUUCUUGAAGUUGUGAUGGAAAUUUGAUAUUUUACUUUGUUUACGGUCAUCAACAAAGUGAAGAAUCAUAAUCAACUUAAAGAGAAAAUAAUUCACAUAUGGCAACAAUAAAUGGGCUAGCUGAAAGUCAUUUGUA